AUGACCGUUAAAAGACAAAAAAAGGAAAGGAAACCAUUGAUUAUCAAUGCGUUUGCAAUGUUAACUCCAAUUCUUCAAAGUAAUACAUUUGCUGUACCUGAAAAUCAAGCUCAUUUAUAUAAUUCAUUAGAUUAUUGGAUUGAAUUAGCUAAAUUAUUAGAAAAGGGGAAAUUUAAUGCAUUAUUUUUAGCUGAUGUUUUAGGUCCUUAUGAUGUUUAUAAAAGUGGUGGAACUCCAAAUAAUUCAAAUAUUGCACCAGUUGCAAUAAGUGGUGCUCAAUGGCCAAUAAAUGAACCAAGUGCUUAUAUUUCAGCAAUGGCAGCAGUUACUAAAAAUUUAUCAUUUGCAAUUACUUUUGCAACUAUAAGUGAAGCACCAUAUCAUUUUGCAAGAAGAUUAGCUACAUUAGAUCAUUUAACAAAAGGAAGAAUUGGUUGGAAUAUUGUAAGUUCUUAUUUAAAUACUGCUUGUAAAAAUUUAUUAAAUGGUCAACCAUUACCUGACCAUGAUGAAAGAUAUGAAAAAACACAAGAAUAUUUAGAAGUUAUAUAUCAAUUAUUUUUAUCAUCAUGGGCUGAUGAUGCAGUUAAAUUAGAUAAAACUAAAAGAAUUUAUACUGAUCCAAAUAAAAUAAGAGAAAUUAAUUUUGAUGGAAAACAUUAUAAAGUUCCUGGACCUUUUAUUUGUGAACCUAAUCCAUAUCAAAGAAUUCCUGCAAUUUUACAAGCUGGUGCAAGUACAAAAGGUUUAGAAUUUGCUGCAAGAAAUGCUGAAAGUAUAUUUAUAAAUGGAUCAAAUCCUCAUGGAUUAAAAAGUAAAAUUGAUAAAUUAACAGCUUUAUUAGAAAAAAAUGGUAGAAAACGUGAAGAUGUUAAACUAGUUCAAUUAGCAACACUUAUAACUGCACCAACACAUGAAGAAGCUGUUGCAAAAUUACAACAUUAUAAAAAAUAUGCUGAUUUAGAUGGAACUCAAGCAUUAUUUGGUGGUUGGACUGGUAUUGAUUUAGAUAAAUAUGAUUAUGAAGAAGAAUUAGAUCAAGUUGAAUCAAAUGCAGUUAGAUCAAUGGCAGAAAUGAUGACAAAACCAUUUCCAGGAGAUCCACCAAAUUUAAAAAAGACAAGAAGAUAUGUUGCUGAAAAUUUAGCUAUUGGAGGUUCAGGUAUAAUUUUUGUUGGUACACCACAAGAAAUAGCAGAUCAAAUUGAAGAAUUUGUUGAUAUUUCUACAAUUGAUGGUUUCAAUUUUUGUUAUGCUGUUAUGCCUGAUAGUUUUAAAGAAAUAGUUGAAUUAAUUAUACCAGAAUUACAAAAAAGAGGAUUAGUUUGGGAAGAUUAUCCAAAAACUGAAAAUUUAACAUUUAGAGAAAAUAUUUUUGGAUUAGGUGAUGGUUCAUAUGAUCCAACUUAUUUAAAACCGAAUCAUCCGGCUUAUGAUUUAAGAUGGACAAAAGACACAAGUAAAGAGGAAUUUGAAUCAAAACUAAAGGAUACUUUGAAACAAAAUUUUUAG